AUGCCUCCACUCCCAGGCGAAGAAAUACUGGUUACUGUCUUUGUCGAUAUACAUUACUACUUCACUGCGCCAACUCCAAAACCUCUCCAUCACCGGUUUGAGAAAGGCUCCUACCUGUAUAUCUAUCAAGAUGUUUCACGAAAUACUGCCCGCAUUGAAGUAGCCAAUAAUGCAGGAACCGAGUACCAAGACUCGUUCCAAGGACUGUUAGACAACGUGCAUAUACAACACUCCGUCGAAUUUCCAACACUAUGUACAGUUACAUUGGAUGGGCUCACUGGUAUACCGACACAAGGUGCCUCUGAAUUUGACUGGAGGCUCCCAGGAAGCGACGAAAAAGAUGACUGGAUUCGCCUCCACACGCUCGAUGUGUAUUUCUGGACACUAGACGACGCAACUCAAUUCCUAGACGCCGCCAGCCAGAUCUUGUCAGAGCGUCAAUUGGAAACAGAUCGCGAUAUCCCCGUUGAGCAUCCUGACCAACCACUCAGCUCAGUCGUCCAGCAGCUUGAAAACGUCGCUGUUUCAGACCCAGCUUAUCAAAAUGGCCAAACCCCAGAUUCACGCACAAACCCACCACCCACCGCGCCUCAGCCCGCACAAGCUGCCCCAGUAAACCUCAGUUUCCCACCGCCACCACCCAGCGGGCCAUCCACAUACGAGCAACAGCAACCAACUGAGUAUCAAGCCCCGCCAGAACAACCGAAAGAGCUUGAAGGCAUAGCACCAAUCCCUUACAAUCCGGCCGCUCCGGCAGCCCCAGAACCAAUCAAGCACCGCGAGAAGACACCACCCCCCGAAGAUGGGACGGAAGGAACUGGCCUUGCAGCCGCAGCAGUAGCAGACAUGGGCGUUCCAUAUACGCCACCUCAUCAAGCGAAUAAUGUUGGGAUGAGCUCGUUUGCUCCCCAACCAGCAUCAACACCAGGCAUGCCCUAUAACACUGCUGCGGUUAACACGGGAUACGCAUCUCCGCCCCCAAGUGCCGGUUUACCCCGUGCGAAUACUUUCUCCGUCGGCGGGGGAGUAGGAACCCCACUGCAGAGCCCUGGAUUACCGUCGUAUCAACAAGCUUUCCUGACGGGCCAGCAAGUACCAAGUGGGGGUAUGUCGUUUUCACCAUCGCCCCAGGACCCGAAUGCCCAUUUGUAUGGACAACAGGCACAGCAUCAACAGGUUCAGUCGGGUUAUUCGAAUUACGGUUAUAAUCAACCUCAGCCGGGAUUGCAGCGAAGUACAACAGAAUAUGAUAUUCAUAGUCAGGUUUACCGGCCAACUAUGGAGGAGGUUCACUCACAUGCUCAUCAUACUUCGAAGAAGGCUAUGAAGGCGCCUGGGCAGCGGCCGCAUGGAAUCGAGGAUAAAGCGAGUAGAGUGGAAGGCGGAGUCAAUCGUUUCUUGAAGAAGUUAGAGAAGAAGCUUGGUUAG